AUGGGAGAUACGAUACAAAUUCGUCUACACCCUCGUUUCCCUCUGGUCGCUCUCUUUGCUCUACCUGCUGCACAUCGCCGUCGUCCGCCUCGACGUCCUGAGGAUACGCUCCCACCUGCGCUCACCAGCAUCGCACCGCAUCGCCGCGCAGUCCCUCCUCGCCGCCGCACGCGUUGGGAAAAUAGCCAACGUCAAGUACUUCUCACCAUAAUCGUGCCUUCACGUGUGAUCUGUGUAUCACUCACUCACCCACCCACUCAACCACUCAACCACUCAACCACUCACUCAACCACCCACUCACUCACCCACUCACCCACCCACUCACCCCCCCACUCACCCACCCACUCACUCAACCACUCACUCACCAACUCACCUAAUCACUCACUCACCCACUCACCUAAUCACUCACUCACCCACCCACUCACUCACCCACUCAACCACUCAACCACUCAACCACUCAACCACUCAACCACUCACCCACUCAACCACUCAACCACUCACCCACUCAACCACUCAACCACUCACCCACUCACUCACAUACUCACCCACUCACCCACCCACUCAACCACUCACUCACCCAACCACCCACUCACCAACUCACCCACUCACUCAACCACUCAACCACUCAACCACUCACCCACCCACUCAACCACUCACUCACCCAACCACCCACUCACCAACUCACCCACUCAACCACUCACUCAACCACUCAACCACUCACCAACUCACCCACUCAACCACUCACUCAACCACUCAACCACUCACCCACCCACUCAACCACUCACUCACCCAACCACCCACUCACCAACUCACCCACUCAACCACCCACCCACUCAACCACUCACCCACUCAACCACUUACUCAUCUAACCACUCACCCACUCACUCACUCAACCACUCACUCAACCACUCAACCACUCACUCACCUACCUCCUUCACUGGUCGCUUCGCUCCCUCUCCAUCACCCCUCCAUCACCUCCUCCGUCGGCAUGGGAAUGGUGAGAAAGGUGAUGGUCUUGAUAAGUUAGCUGAAGCUUUGAAAAAGUUGGUUGGUGAUGCUAUUGAGAAAGCUGAAACUAGUCUUUCUACCAGGCAUUCUCAACUUUCCUGCUCCAAAGCCUCCGGUUAUCGUCAUUGUAAGUAUCUUGACGCUAAGAUUGCUGAGGCUAAAAAAGCCUUAAAUUCUGAAAAGCUUUCUGAAACCGAAAAAUCCAAAAAGGAAUCCGAAUUAUCUAUGCUCCAAUCCAAGAAAGAAAAACACUAUAAUGAAGUUCAUUACCUUUCUGAUGAUGCCAGAGACAACGCUUUGAAGGAUAUUAAGGAGCGGCAAAAUAAGCUUACUGAGCUUAGCAAAAAUCUAGAAAUAUUUACUACACCAGAUGACCAAUGUGAAAACCUAUUAUCAAAUCUUACUGAUGGUUUAGAAAAGUUUUUAGGUUACAAUAAAGAUUUCAAAGGCUACGAUGGCUCCGGCAUCGUGUACUCGGACCUUGACAGGCUCUGCGACGGGGUGAUGGCGUUUUUGGGUGGAGUUCUCAGUGGAGUGAAGGUAAAGGAGUGGUUGGACGGCUACGGUAAAAAUAUCGCUGAGUUGACUACAAAUGUUAAAGAUGAAUUAACAUCUCUGAAACAUGAUGUUGGAGGUAAAUACAAUAGCCAAAUUGUUGCUGAUAGGAAUCUUGAGGAACAGUCUAAGCAAUGGAAGAAUACAGUGUCUGACAUUUACAGUAAGGUUUAUAAUAUUCAGAAUGAUCGUGUUGAUAAGUUGGACAGUGUACUAAAAGGCAAAUUGAAUGCAGAAAUUAAGGUCGUGAAGGAAGCAGUACAAAUGUUGUAUGACUCGGCGGCAAAUGCUUUUUUCUUAGGUCAGGUGAAACAGGUGGAUGACGAAUUAGCAAGGCAGAAGGAGAAUCUUGAGACGGCUGUAAAGAAGGGUACAAAAAAGGUUCAAGAUACAUUGGACGAUGAGGUCAAUAGGAUUUUAAGAAACAUCACAAAUCUGUAUAGCAAGAAAGAUGUUCAGUUUACGUUUAUCAGGGAGGCAGUGCAGGCGGCAACACAGCACGCUAGGGAGUAUUAUGUUAAAUUUAACGGUGAAUAUAAGGGAAAGAUUUUGCAGAUGUUCGAAGAUGUAAAAUAUGGGUUGAGGGAUGUUGAUAAAUCUUCUGGUGCUGCGUCAGGCGGUAAGUCAAAGCUACGAAAUGAUGUUAAUAUGAUCAAGACGGCGCUUGAGCAAAUUGGUAGUACGCUAGGGAAACAUGUUGCGGAUUUACAGCGCAAAAUUGAGGAGGCGGAGUUAUUUCGUAAACUGGUACUUGGUAAGGCCAAUGACGUUCAUGGAGCGCUUAAAGCAUAUACAAAUACUAAUACGAAGACGGUGAUUCGUGAAAAUAUCGAACUAAUUUUGGAGGCUAAAAGAGAAAUUGAAACGGUCGAUAAGACGCUUAAGGGCGAAGCAGAGAAGUUGAGCAGUUGGACAACCGAGGCGUCGAAGGUUGUGAAAGCAGCAAAUAGGAAGGUUGACGAGAUUGUUACGGCGCUUAAAUAUGAAGACAAUGAUGAUAACUUCAAAAGUGAACUUGAUGAUAUUAAGAAUAAGGCGGAUCAGCUUAACAGUGCUUAUACGAAAACGCAGGAGCAUUUGGUGUCUGUGGUUGAGAAAGUGAAGGGUAGAGAUGGGGACACUGGCCCCUUAGCAAAUCUAAAAGUGCCCAAUGAGAUUAGUAAGUUUAAGCUGAGUAGCGGAGAUGGAUGGGAUUUGAACAGCAAGAUACAAGGGGUCACCGAACAAAUUACCACGAACGUUGAAGGGCAAGUUCAGCAGUUGCUGAAGAAUAUUAAGAAGUACGUUGAUAGUAUUAAGGGCACAAGUCAAGUUCCAGCUCAACAGAAGGGUCUGACACAUAUAGUUAGUGGGGUGCAAACGCUUGCUGGACUGUUCAAGGGCAAGGGUUUCGAGAACAAAGUGGGUGGCUGGGUGAUGAAUAUUUUGAAGGAACAUCCGAUGAAAGGGUUGAUUGAGAGGUAUGUUAGGCAUAACGAGAGUCACAUUAAGGAGGAUAAAGACAAGACUCUUCAACGGGACAAAGACGGCAGCCAAUAUUACAAAGGUCUUAACGAGAAAAUUGCGGAGAAGAUUACAAAUCAGCUUAGACCCGGUAUUAUUCACGAUGCCGGCGAAGAGGUUGAACAAAAACUGCAAGAACUCGGGCAAAAGACGUCAUCGCUGCAAAUCUUACUGCUCUCAAGGCGGGCAUCGAGAAGUUUGUCAAGAAACUUGCUCCUCGUUGUGGCCAGGCAAGUUGCUGCGGAGAUCCAGGUAUUUCUAGAUGCGUACAAGAUUGGCAACGUAGAUGGUGCAUUGGCUACGGCAUCGAAGCUUGACAGUGAGCUUGGAGAUGCUAUCAGAAAUUACUCCGGUACCGCAUUAGGUGGUAAUAUUUCCACCCAAGUUAAGGCGAUUGCGGAAAAAGUCAACGACGUAAAUAUCAACACCCCACUCAAAGAACUACUCAAAGCUACCGCCGAAAAGGCGAUACAGAAGCUUCAUGAGGCACUCAAAAACCCGGUUAUUAAUGAACUGGGCGGCGUUACCAAUGACGUGCCAGAUGUCAAGGAUGGUGACGUGAGAAGGUUAAACGGGGACAUAAGCCAUGCCGUCGGCACAAUUCAGGGCAAACUUACUGCCAUAUCGAAAAUGGUGAAAGACAGCAGCAAGCAAGCUACGAUUAAAGGCGUUGUGGAGGAUUUAGAUGAGAUGAUUAAAGAGGGCGACGGCGAGUAUACACUUAGAUCAGUUUCACAGAAAGCUAACGUUAAACGUCUCACCAAAAUUUACGAUCAACUGAACGAUCUGCAGAAUAAUAAAUUAAAAGAUCAACCUAAAGCCAUCACUAAAGCUGUCGAGGCAAUUCAGUCGGAGAUUAGAAGGCUUCAAGGUCUGUUGAAAGGUGGAAACAGCGAUGUUAAUGAUGAUGUAAUUCUGAAUUUGCAAAAAUUAGAAAAGACCAUCGGUAAGACCGAAAAUGGGAAGCCUAUUGCUGGCAGUAUUCAGGAACUGCAUAGUAAGAUUAGUGAGUUGCAUACCACCGAGUUCACCGAACAGUUAUCUUCCACAUCGUCUAACAGCAUUACUAGCACAAUACAAAACGCCAUCAAAGGCGUCGUUAAUGUUGUCACAGGGCUUGAGACCAUGCCAGAAGACGUUGAAACCAAGAAGGCAGAGGUUGACGAGCUCAUGGGGAAAUUAAGGCAUCAAUUGUACACCCUACAAGGUAAUCUGAACGUCAUUAACGAAAAGAUCGACGAAGCCGAUAGAGCGUUGAUGGACGCCAUUAAUACAGUUGACACAGUUGUGCGGGAAGAAUACGUACAAAUCAAGCAAUCUGUCGAUCAACUCCGAUCCCAACUCCUCUCAGCCAUAAAAUACGCCCUUGAUAAAAUAACCAUCGAUGUGCGAAUAUUGUUUACCGAACAGAAACGAGCUGACCUAACAGCUCUGCAGAAAUUAGUCGAAAAGCAAUCUAAAAAGGUAAACAAGAUCAUAACUGACGACCUGGCAAACGGGAUCAAGUGCUUACUGUGGAAUAUGAAUACGCACCAUACACAGCUUCCGCAGAUUCCCAUUCAAAUAGAGUUGAAUAAGGCGGCAGAAUAUUUACAGUGGUAUCUCGAUCCAAUCGUAAAAUAUGUCGAUUGUCAACAUAGACCUAAUCAGAAAACGGACCGUGGUGCGAGUAAAAAGCCCAAAUCUCCGGAUGAUGAUCCACAGGUUAGCAGUGUUUAUGAAUUUUACGCUAUCAUCAGUAGUUUCUUGCGAUUACUUUUGGGGUCAAAUAACUUCAAUCAUAAGGCAAUUGAAAAAAUUUACGAGGCCGAUGUGGCCAUUAGAAGGUUCACCCCCUCGAAAUUCUCCUCCACAUCAUCCAACACACUUCUCGACAUUGUCAAGUCCGGAUUUAGGGCAUUUGUGGAGCAGCUCAAGAAAGUUUAUGUAUCGUCAUAUUCUGGAGUUACGGACACUUUUAACUGGAACGGUGACAAGAAUUCAGAGAAGUGCGCCAAGGUCUGCCUGACCGUACUGGAGACUUUGUUCUACGACUUCAACUCGUUAAGUAAAUUGUUCCCCUCUAAAGGCCCUGAUAACAUUAAUUCAAGUAAUAACAUAGGCGGGUAUUUCUCUGACCGAGGCUACAGGGUGGCCACUAAGGCCGGCGUCCAGGACGGUGAGUUAGACAAUUCUACGAAGACUAACGGAACACAAAUUAAUAAGCUGCGUGAAAGUCAAAUAAAAGGCUUAAAAAGCGGUUCCAAAAAGCUUCACGAAUUCAUCAACGAAAUAUGCAGAGAUCUUGUCUCGUACUACCGUGUCUGCCAGUACUAUAUUCCUUCGAAACCAAGGGCGCCCAGCACUGUCAACGAAAUGCUUCACUGGCUUGCUGGGCUCUACUAUACACCUAUGUAUGAUAAAUUGGCGAGUAAGUUUGCGAGAUACUUCAAUGUACCCCAAGAAAACGGUACAACGGUAAUCAAGCCCAUAGAAGCCGCCGUGCCUGCAAGGAGAAGCGGUAGGAUGCUCCGAGAUCUUACCAUUAAAGAAAUGUCAAACCUAUUCAACAAUAUUACCAUCCGCCCAUAUCACAUAUUAGUUACCAUCCAAGGCCACGGCCAUGCCGACGGCCGUUAUGCCUGUGACUUCCUAACAAACCCAGAUGACUUAUUUUAUCCAAGUGAUACAGAUCAAUGUUUAGAUAUGCUCGUAGACAAAUGUCUCAGACUGCAUGAACAAAUCUUUUUCCUAUUUAAACUCUGUUAUAACGGCCCUGAUAGUAGCGGUUGGCGUGAUUGCUGGUACGGCCAGGGUGUCGGUGGAUCCGCAUGGAACUGCAACACAAUGCAAUGCCCGAACCAGAAUGGUAACCAAAAACAAAACCAAAUGUGUAACCAAAAAUGUGACCAAAGUGUUAAGUGCGGUCUGAAAUCGCCUCUCCAAUCUUUCUUAGAAGACGGCUUGCCAGGGUUCCUGCCACAUAAGUUCACGAAGCCAGGUUGUAAGCUGGAAUGUACCGUGUCCAAUCACAAAGGACUUCCAUGUAAGACUCCUAUGGGCUUUAAGGACCUAUGUCAAAUAGCUUCACGAACUGGCACUGGUCAGUCUAUUAAGGAUGUGCUUGAUCCGUUCUGUGGUUCAAGAGAGUGUUCACUGAGCCUAAUUUGUUCCUAUUUCGUAUACUUGCUGCGUCGACCCCCUCAGACUCUGGGAGACAUGUUCGCGUUCUACUAUAAUAUCCUUGAUCACUGGUGUGAUGAGGGGGGCCAAGCAAAGCAUAGGAGAGAAGCGUUCGAUGACGCCAUUAAAAGAGCCAACUUCUGGGAUCCCAGUACAGAACUGGAAAUCACUAAAAUAUUUAGUUCGAAAGUUCACAGUAGGAACAAAAAUAGCCAUCUCGAAGGUGAAUUGUUCACCCUUCUAUCUUGUGAUCCAAAGGAUGCUCCGUCACUUCCAUGCGGGCAAUACUUACAAUCAAUGAGCGAUGACACCCGGUUGUUGUAUUCUAAAGAAUACGCUGAUAACUAUCUGUCAUGGAUUGUCUACAUUACUGAGACGUUCUAUGAUUUGCUUAAGAAAUUAUACGAUGAUUGUUGCAAAAAGUGCAAUACGCAGGGAACGAGAUGCCAUGCCAUGAGCUGUGUUGAGGGUUGUAAGGUAAACUCGUAUUAUAAAACACAGCAGCACACAUCGCAACCCCAGCAACAUAACCAUCAAAAUGAAUGCCAUUCCAUUGUGAAGUGCACGAAUAUGCAUCCAACACUCUACACAUACGGCUUCACCUUUGGCAGCCCUUAUAACCUAAGUGGAGAUAAUGGUCUUGACAACAAACGCUCAUGUCAAGAUUUCUGCCAGGCAUUGGAAAAAGUGUGUCACGGCCGAUCGGUACUUGCCGACCUGGUCAUUAACAAAAUCCCAGCAUUCUUAUGGGAGAUACGAUACAAAUUCGUCUACACCCUCGUUUCCCUCUGGUCGCUCUCUUUGCUCUACCUGCUGCACAUCGCCGUCGUCCGCCUCGACGUCCUGAGGAUACGCUCCCACUUAAAAUCACUUUCAAGCCACAGGAUCGCCGCCCAGUCCCUCCUCGCCGCCGCACGCGUCAAAGCACUCGGCAACAUCAAGUACUUCUCACUGUGA